CCCCGCCCCCACCCCCCAGUAAAGCGAGAAAGAUGAGAAGAGAAGGCCCACCCUGAGGCCUUGGGGGAGGGGCUUCCUGCUUACCCUUGGGUGGGGGUGGCCUCUCCAGGCACACAGCUGCACCCCCCGCCCCCGCCCGGUCCAUCACCGGCCGAGGGUGGUCGCUGGUGCCCAGAGCGGCCCGCAGACUUUGCAGGCUGAGUGACCUGGGGAGGGGGCGGCGCAGCCAGCGGAUUAGUCACCCGGGGCCAGCGUGUGUGCAGGGGGUGGGCCCUACCUCCGUGCCGAGCUUGAGUGGGCGCGGAGGCGGGCUCGCGGGGCGGGCGCGCGGGCCAAUGGGAGCCGGGACUCAGCGCAGGGGCCGCCCACGGCCGCGCUGGCAGCAUAAAGAGCCGGCGCGCGGCGGCAGGCUGCAGAGAGCUCGGCGCCGCUGCUCCCGCACCGCCUUCCUGCGCCUCUCCCGCCGCCUUCCUGCGCUGCUGCCGCCGCCGCCGCCGCGGCACCAGACCCAGAGCGACUCAGCCUCCGCCGCCCCGCCAGACUCGCCGCUGCCGGCGCGCCCGCACUUGCGCACGGCCGGACCCGAAGCCCCGCCGGCCCAGGAGGACUUUGCAGCCCGCCGCCUCCCGCUCGUCCCAGCACCUGCGCGCAAAUGGAGCUGGACCACAGGACCAGCGGCGGCCUUCACGCCUACCCCGCGCCUCGAGGCGGGCAGGUGGCCAAGCCCAACGUGAUCCUGCAGAUCGGAAAGUGCCGGACGGAGAUGCUGGAGCACGUGCGGAGGACCCACCGGCACCUGCUGGCGGAGGUGUCCAAGCAGGUGGAGCGCGAGCUGAAGGGGCUGCACAGGUCGGUGGGCAAGCUGGAGAGCAACCUGGACGGCUACGUGCCCACCAGCGACUCCCAGCGCUGGAAGAAGUCCAUCAAGGCCUGCCUGUGCCGCUGCCAGGAGACCAUCGCCCACCUGGAGCGCUGGGUCAAGCGCGAGAUGCACGUGUGGCGGGAGAUCUUCUACCGGCUGGAGCGGUGGGCCGACCGCCUGGAGGCCAUGGGCAGCAAGUACCAGGUGGGCGGCGACGCGGCCCGCCACACCGUCUCCGUGGGCGUCGGGGGUCCCGAGGGCUGCUCUCAGGAAGCCGACGGCUACGACUUCCCGGUCAGCCCCUACGCCAUCACGCCGCCGCCGGCCGCCGGCGAGCUGCCGGGGCAGGAGCUGGAGGAGGCCCAGCAGUACCCGCCCUGGGGGCCCGGCGAGGACGGGCAGCCCAGCCCCGGCGUGGACACGCAGAUCUUCGAGGACCCGCACGAGUUCCUCACCCACCUGGAGGAGUACCUGCGGCAGGUGGGCGGCUCCGAGGAGUACUGGCUGUCGCAGAUCCAGAACCACAUGAACGGGCCGGCCAAGAAGUGGUGGGAGUUCAAGCAGGGCUCGGUGCGGAACUGGGUGCAGUUCAAGAAGGAGUUCCUGCAGUACAGCGAGGGCACGCUGUCCCGCGAGGCCCUGCAGCGCGAGCUGGACCUGCCGCAGAAGCAGGGCGAGCCGCUGGACCAGUUCCUGUGGCGCAAGCGGGACCUGUACCAGACGCUCCACGUGGACGCCGAGGAGGAGGAGAUCAUCCAGUACGUGGUGGGCACCCUGCAGCCCAAGCUCAAGCGCUUCCUGCGGCACCCGCUGCCCAAGACCCUGGAGCAGCUCAUCCAGCGGGGCCUGGAGGUGGAGGGCGGCCUGGAGCCGGCGUCCGAGACCGCCAGCCCCCACCCCCCCGCCGGGGACGAGGCCGAGGCUGAGCCUGAGAACGAGAACGAGAACGACGAGGCGCUCACGCCGGCCCUCACCAACGAGUCUGCGGCCAGCGACCGGACCCAGCCCGAGUAGAGGGCCUUGCGGCCCCGGCCUGCCCGCCACAUCCCGCCUGUGGCCUUUGCCAACCAAGACUUUUGAGCCGGGCUGACCCCCGCAGGGGGAGCCCGGGUCCCCCACCCGGUGGACGCGCUGCCACCGGCCUCCCAGCCCGAUUCGCACAGCACAUGCCGCCCAGUUCUGGACAGCGUCCCCCACACAGUGAAGGAGCCCCCGUCCCCUGCAGGGCCCUGCCCGGCCCCCUCCCUCCGUCUGUCGUCC